ACAAUAUAAUUAUUUGAUUUUCUCGGAAUCAAUAGAAAAAUAUUUGGCUAUUGAUUAAUAAGAAAGUUAAUCAUGAUUAAACACAAAUUGCUGAUUAAUUUUCAUAACCAACUAUAGAAGUGUGUUGAAAUUUCAAUAAUGGCCCAUCAAUUUUUCAUAAUUAACAAACACACACACUGAUUCCUCUCUUGAGAUGAGAAUUGAGUAGAACAAAAUUUUGAGUGCUCUGAUAUCAUAAUUUAAUUAAGCUGGAAAAUAUACUAUUUAAACAUAAAGUUUCAAUUAGUUUGAAGAUAAGUCAACGGUGGAGAUAUUUACAAAAAAGUUCUUCGCUCUAUCUACAUAAUUACGUGAAUUUUCACAAAUCAAAAAUGGGCACGAAUGACGCUUCUGCUUCAAAUGAGAUAAAAGCCAUGUUGAAGAAAUUCGAAGGAAAUUUUCAAGAAAUAUCUCAAAACUUCAAAUUGCAAUCGAUCGAGAUGAAAGCACUGGAAGAUAAAAUUUCGACUAAGCUGUCAAAAGUGAGCAAAAAUUUUGAUAUUUUCAACAUGAAAGUCAAAGAGUUGGAUACAAAGGUCGAUACCAAAAUACAACAACUGAUCGACAACGACAACAGAAAACGCAAUCUUAUUGUGACGGGAAUACCACCGCAAGAAAAUGAAUCAUUAAAUGAUUUAAUUAAAGCUUUAUCGUCCAAAUUGGGAUACGAAAGUUCACCAGAAUGCCGCGUCUAUCGGUACAAAGGUCGAGAGAAUAAUAAUGAAAGGCCUAUUGUUAUCCAAUUCUCUACAGAGUUUCAUAAACAAGAUUUUUUCACUCGCUACAAAAAAAUUGCAAAGACGUUAAAUCUUGGAAUGUUUGCUGGAUUUAAGGGAAAAAACUCAAGAAUCUACUUACAACAUGAUUUCAUCAAAACGCAGUAUCAUAUCAACAAAUUUGCCAUCAAAAUGUUGAGAGAGAAAAAAAUUAUUAGUACUCGCAUCAUCCAGGGUUUUGUCUACGUGAAGGUUUCUUCUAAUGACGAUUUUAAGCCAUUUGAGACUGUCAAGGAUUUAGAAAAUGCUAUCGCCAUCAUUGUAAACUAACAUCACCACUCAUCACGAAUAAAAAUUAUGAAGUCAACGAUGAACUA